AUGAACAUCGAUGAAGAGGCUGUUCUCGGCCUUCUAUCCAUCGGCCAUCGCUCUCAGGCGACACCGUCCGCCGCGACGUCCUCAGCAACACUCAACUCGAUAUUAACAACUACAGCAUCCUCCGUCAUCCCGGCCAAACGAAAGCACGACGACCACCCAUGUCUGCCUUUUGACCACGAAGAUCGACACAAGUCACCACCAGAGACCCACACCGACUCCAAUGACACCUCAUCAGAGGCCCUCGAUUGUAUAUGCGGGUUUACAGUCGACGAUGGGUUUUCGAUCGCCUGCGACAUUUGUUCGAGGUGGUGCCAUUCUGCGUGCUUCGACAUCGUGCGCGGGUUCGUACCGGAGAAAUUCCUCUGUUGGAAAUGCAAACCUCGUUCGGCAGCGGAGAAGGAGAGAGCGGUGAAGUUUCAGCGGGAAAACUUGGGGUUGGACGAUCCGAAGAGGUUGGGUGGGAAACACAGGAGGACAAGUGUGGCCGCUAUCGAUGGGGGGAAGCGUAAACGGCGACCAUCCGUCGUACAGCCCACUACGCCUCUGGUCGCAGCGCCGCCACAGCCGGUGGAGGAAGAGCACGUCGAGGUCGAGGAGCCGUGGACGCAGGCGUACGUCCACAUCAGCGAGGACAUCAUCACCAACGACGAGACCCGUGCCAAGCUACGACGACAAGCCCACCACUGGAGGGGUGUUACCGCCGUUGCCGACUCCUCUUCACCGCCGCCAACGACCAUCAAGGAGCUGCCGCCGUUGUCGAUCCAGAAUCCCUUUCUGGCUCUCAACUCGAACCCUCACGUCCUACCACCGACUUAUGGGCUACAUACGACCGCCCCAAUCCCCUCCAACAACCUCAUAACCCCCUACAAAUCGUCGAUUGCCCCCUCAGCCCAGUACUUAUCCGACCCACUGAAUGCCUACGCUCACCUAGGGAUGCCGAAGCCUUUCGUACACCUUAUCGGACCACCUCUCGACGUGGCAUUAGAUUCUCGUCUCGCAGGGAACCACGGGCGAUUCGUGAGGAGUGGAUGUCGUCCCAACGCGGUCCUACGCCCGGUGCUGUGCGAGAGGGACAAGAAUAAGCCGGCGCCGGUUUCGAACACCCCCAGACCGUUCGACCCACCAGCAGAGCGAGAAGAGGACGAAACCACGCUCGGAUUCGGCGUCUUUGCGUUGCGCGACCUUAAGGCGGAUGAGGAGAUCGUGUUAGGUUGGGAAUGGGACGAUGGCAAUGCCGUUCACAGCCUACCUGCGUUAUUGAAGGCACCUCACGCUUUUCCUCCUCGUUCGCCUCCUACCACCAUCAACCCUUCUGCCCACGACUGCGACGACCAUAAAACCGAGUACAGUCCGAAUGAAAUCACCCACCUCCGCAACCAGAUGUCGAACAUCCUCCACGCCCUCUCCUCGACGUUUACGACCUGCGCCUGCGGAGCACGAGCACGCGAUUGUGCCCUGACGCAAAUGGCCGCCUUCGUCGAUGGUCAAUCACAGCUGUUAACACCUCGGAAUCACCAUGGAGUGACCCACGACGACGAGCAGGAAAAGGACGUUGACCUUGGCCCUCUUGUAGGCCGAAAGCGUGGUUUCAAGACGCGAGAGCGGAUACCCUUCAGCGGAGGAAUGGGCGGGAUGGAGAUGGUGCCGCCGGAGCAGGACAAUGAGAGUCGAGGGCGGAAGAAGAUGACGCUGAACGGGUACCAGGUCAACGCUACUGCGGGCCCUAGCGGUCUCAAACCAGCGUUUUCGAUAGAUAGAGAUCACCGCAAGGAUCUACCACCGCCUUUACCCAGCUUUGCGCUGUCGCCAUCAUCACCGAGUCCGUCGAGAAGGAAGGGCAAGGCGAAGGCGGUCGAUACGGAUGGUGAUGUCCAGAUGGAAGAUGGAUGGUCAGGACGGUCAGGGAAGAGGAGUGGUUCAGUCGAUGGGCAAGCCCAGCGAUCGGACCCCUCCAAUCCGUUAUCGCGUCUGCUCCAUCCAGACGAUCAGCCCAUUGAAACUCGUACACAUCACUCCUCCGAACUCCGACCACCGGACCCAGGACUACAACCUUCCAAUGACACGAAAGAUGGGCGGUCAACGUCUCUGGCGCCCGAUUUCGAUGUAGAGCCACCUCCAGCGACGGAAGAUCGGAUGCCGCCCAAGAUGAGGAAGAAGUGGAUGCAUCGGGAGGUCGAGGCGAUGAAGGGGAUGGGAUCGCCUGGUAGCGCCGAUAGCCCAGGCGAAAGCGGGCAUACGAACGGCUUCGGGCAUGGAUAUGGAGGAUCGAGCGGGAAGUUGGGAUUGGGCAUUCGAUUCGGGUCCGAGGGCGUUGAGCACGACGAACACAAGCUUAUGCCGCCGCCACCUAUGCCCGCCUCCUUGGAUCCAACGACAAUAUCCUCGACGGAUGCUGCCGGCGUUCCGAGCCCACAACCUCGUUAUCACAACUUACCUCAUCUCAACGCAAACUCAAACCAUCGACUACCCACAUCCACACCCUCGCCUUCCAUACCCACCUUUACACCCGCAACUGCCACUCUACCGCCUUCAACCUCUUCUCCGGCCCAAUUUUCGCCUUCUCCACUAACAUCGUUCGCCAAUCUCUCGUUACUCAGUCCUGCGCUCCUCAACCAAGUUCAGCAGAACCAACAAGGUGGUGGCUCGCCCUCUUUUCCAUUUCCACCUCUAUCGAGGAAGGUCGAGGAGGGCGAGAAGAAGGUCUUCAAGCCGAAGAUCUGGGGUCCUCUGAAGGCUGCGUUGCCUCCGUUGUCGUCAGCUCCUUCUCUCCGACCCUCUUCGCCUGUCUCUUCUGCGUUGAAGACGUCAUCUUCUGCGAAGGAUGUCGUGCGUCAGCCUUCGCCGUCGACUUUGGCACAACCGCCACAACAUGAAGAGGAGGAGGAUGUGAAGAUGGUCGACGGAACGUCGCCGCGAAGUCCAGCGUCCACCAAGGUUCCUCUCCGACCAAAAUCACCCUCUCAGGACCCAGAUUCGGUGGCAUCAACUCCGCCCUCGCGGAACGACGAACCUCUACCACCAGUGGGCGACUUCGUAGCUGAGGAAUCGAAGGUUGCAAGGCUGAAGGACGAAGAUUCUCAUAUGUCUGGCGUAGACGAUCCCAAGGAGAAGGCAGUCGAAGAACCCCCUUCAAUGCCCACAUCCACCCCUCCACACACCCUCGCCAGCCGAUCGCGAAUUUCAACACCAUCGGCGACCACUCCACCUCCUCGCCAUCGUUCGAAGACGCCGCCAAGGUCCUUAUCGCCCGCACCGAUGGAUCAAGACGAUUCUUCCGCCGAUCUCGACUGGGCGAACGACACGAUCAAGCAGUCGCCCAAAAUAUCACCCGACUCGCCGCCACCAGUACCGAGCUCGCCUUCGCGGUCGUCUGGGGCUGACGAGGAAGAGAAUGCGAGUCCGCCGCCUAUGACGGGUAGUACGGAAGCUGCGAUGGAGGUGCAGAGGGCGGAGGAGAGGGAGGAGGACCACGAGAUGGCACCGCCACCUUCUGAGGCUCUGAAACAGGGUGUGCAGGUCGAUACGAUUACGAUCGUCGUCGAGCCUGCCCCUGCUCCUCCGUUGGCCUCCUCUGAGCUCGCUACAUCGUCUCCAGUACCACCAUCUGCACCAACACCCUCUCUGCUCGCACCACCUGCCCCUCCUUCCGAACCUACGCUCCUGACAUCGCCAACAUCUUCCAUAGAGGCACCACCUUCGCCCAAAACUCCGUCUGUAUUUGUACCCGAACCUGCGCCAGCACCAGCACCUCCAGCCCGCCAACCGUCGCCACCUCCACCUCCAAAGGUCAAGAUGUCCUUACGCGACUUUGCUGCUCGACGGAAGAAGCUGAAGGAGGAGGCUGAGCUCUCGAAGAGCAUACAGGCCUCGCCUAUGAGUGCCACGUCGGUGCUGGCUGCUACGCCGUCUCCGAUGAUCCCAAACGUGGUGUUGGCGGAGGAGUCGAAGGAUAAGGAGAAGGUCGCGUUGGAGAAGGAGAAGAGCGCGUUAGAAAAGGAGAAGGAGACGAAGGAGGCGGUCGAGGUCGGCUCUGCGAUGAUUGGGGUGGAGACGAAGGCGGAAGAGCGGGUCGUUGCCGUGGAGAAGAAGGAUGAGGCGAAGGUUGCUGUUGUGGUUGAGGUGUCGAAGGACGAUCGACCGAUUCUCGGAGGCUUGAAGGAGGCGAGAAAUGGGCUGAACGUACCCGCCAUUACUCCAUCGACGACAAAACCCAUAACGAACGGCCCUCUUUUUACGUAUCCAUCGAUUCUGGUCAACGGACCGAAGGUUGAACCAUCGACUUUCGACAACGUUGCGUCGUUCAUGCCCUCCUCUCCCAUUGGCCCUCACAUACCCAUUCCUCACGUCAAUGGCCACUCCUCUAUCUCUCGUUCUCCUUCCGAAACCUUCAUCCACUCGCCAUCCACUCGCGGAUUCAUGUCAUCGCCGUCCGUCAUCGGCUCGCCCCUCAUCGAUACCCACAAGACGAAGCAAGAGCUCGUCGAGCACCAUAUACCCCCACUUUCCACUUCUCCAGCACCUCCGUACCUUUCUUCUGCUCUUCUUCGUCGUCCGAGCAUCAACGACCGCUCGAUCUCGCCGAUCAGCCCCGAUCCUGGUCUUUCGUCUUCGUCGUUGUUCUCAACUCGCAUCCCACACGAGGAGGAUGGCGAAAUUGGCGAAGGUUCGCCACCAACAUCCCGACAUCCUCUUCCUUCGAAACGCGACUUUUCCUUCCCUCCUCGCUCGAGCAUUCCAACCUGGAUGAAGUCCCAUACACCUCCAACUGGGCCCAGAUCAUCCAACGCCGCAUCAACUUCACCAACGCCACCCUUUCCUCGACCAGCUUUCGCCUCUUCACAGCCGCCAUCAUCGAACUCUCUUCCUCCAGGACCCUUGCCCGCUAACGCAUCCGCUCCACCUUCAAAUAGCAACACCGCGAACAUCAAUCGACCUAUGCCACCCAGCGCCCCGCGCGCACUCCGUCAAUCGAUGGCGUCGAAUCGCCCGCCAGUUGGCCUGCCGGCUCAUUCGUCCUCGACAUCCCAGUCGCAUGGCCCUCAUCCGUACGGACAACGAGACCCUAGGAACAUCCCUCGAGGACCGUUGUCUGAUCGUGAUAACCGAGACAGGGACUGGGAUCAUCGUUCGUAUCGUGGUCCGCCACGGAGAGGAGGGUGGGGCAGAUAA